AGAGAAGCCACAAUAAAAGUGGUGAUGUCAUCUCUCCAGAGCAGCGAAUGAGAAGCAGGAAGGAGGGAGGAGAGACAGAGAAAAGGUUUGUGUUUCUCUAUCACUGCAGCAUUCUUGCAGAGCAGCCUAAACACGACUCUCAGCAGACAGACAGAGAGAAGACACUGAACACACAUUGGAUAGGAGAUAAAGAGAGGAAGACAGAAAGAGAGGGAGAGAAGAAAAGGAGAGAGAGAGAAGACAGCAUCUCCAGAGUGACAGCGGAAAGUGACAAGGAGACUGAGGGUAAAGAGAGGCUGCUGGCCGAGACACACACCGACAGAUACGCCAACAAACACAUACACGUGUGUCAUUCUGUUUUUGACGCGCACCAGAGGAUUCGAGGGGUUCCUGGUGUGUGUGUGUGUGGUGUUGAUGGGACAGUAAGAGAUGUGUGUAUCUCAGUAUCAGAGGGGCAGUAGCCCCCCUGCCCUCCUCCUCUUCCCUCUGUUCCUCCUCUCCUCCUCUCAUCUACUCGCUCAUGGAGCCAUCCAGAUCCCCAAAAACUAUAAAGUACAGAACAUGUUACAGCCUCCUAUUCUGACAAAGAUGCCCGAGUCCUUAACGGCCUUUUCAUUGGACGAUGUCAUGUUGCUCUGCGAGGCCACCGGCAUCCCCACACCCAGUUUCCGCUGGGUAAAGGAUGGUAAGAAGUUGAACUGGAUGGGACAUACUGGUUCUGGAAAUUUCACAGCCCAUGGUGACAUGCCGCUCAGCGAUUACCAAGGACACUACCGUUGCUACGCUGACAACACCUUGGGAACAGCCAUGACACACACCGUGAAACUCAUCACUGAAUCGACACCGACCCUCCCUAAGCAGAAGAGAUCUCAUAAAACGGCAGAGGAAGGAGCGAGUGUUGUUCUCCAUUGCAACCCUCCCAGGAGCUCCACCAUCCCUCACAUACACUGGAUGGAUAAGAAACUGCUCCAUAUAGGUCAGAGUGAGCGUGUGACGACAGGUCUGGAUGGGAACUUGUACUUUGCCAAUGUGUUGAAGAACGACAGUCGAGAUGACUACACUUGUAAUGCUCAAUACAUCGCUGCCAGGACCAUCCUGCCUAAAGAACCCAUCUCACUCACUGUCACACCUAGUAAUGACGUGGCUCGUGGCAGGAAGCCCCAGCUGAUGCAACCUCAGGGCCCCCACAGCUCUCACCUGGCCCUCAGGGGCCACAGCCUGAUACUGGAGUGUAUACCUAAAGGGCUUCCUACUCCUUCAGUAUUGUGGAAGCAUAUGGAUGUUAAUCUGUCGGAGACAGGAGCCUGGACAGAUAACCACGGCAGGUGGCUUCGGUUCGACAGCAUAACCCAGAAGGCAGACGGAGAGUACGAGUGUCUGGCUUCAAACAAACAUGGGUCCGUCACACACUCCUACACUGUCACUGUGGAAGCUGAACCGUACUGGGUGAAGGAGCCCCUGUCUCUGCUGUAUUCCCCUGGGGAGACAGUGAGGCUAGACUGCCAGGCCGACGGCAUCCCCACCCCUACUGUCACAUGGAGUAUAAAUGGAGAGCCAGUCACAGAGGUAGACACUGACCCUAGGCGGAGGGUGAGCGGAGGGGUGUUGGUCCUGAAAGAUGUCGUGUUUGGUGAUACGGCUGUGUACCAGUGUGAAGCCACCAACAAACACGGGAAUAUCCUCAACAAUACAUACAUCUAUGUUAUCGAGCUGCCAGCUCAGAUCCUGUCCUCUGAUGGUGUGGUCUAUCAGGUUACGGAGGGGGGCGUGGCCAGGCUGCAUUGUGAGGCCUUCGGGUCACCGCGUCCACAGGUCACAUGGGAGAGUGAGGACCUCCUGGACGUCUUGCUGUCGGACAGUCGUGUGUCUCAGCUGACCAAUGGGACGUUAGAGCUGUUUAAUAGUAGCAGGGAGGACAGUGGAGUCUACACCUGCUCCAUCACACACAGCAACACCUCCAUCACCGCUCACCUGGAGGUCCUCAAACGAACGGUGAUGCUGAUUGGUCCCCAGGCUGUACAGGUUACGAGGGGAGGAGACUCCUGGUUGGACUGUCAUUUCAGCUUUGACCCCCAUCUGAACCGACCCCUGAUCCUCUGGAGGAAAGACGGACAGAAGAUCAUGGAGUCAUCGCCGGGAGACAAGUACACUACAUUUGGGAAUGGAACCCUCAGAGUGACAGACGUCCAAUCAGCAGACGGAGGGCAUUACUCCUGUGAGGUCAUCACAGAUCUGGACAGCGUAUUGGCCAGUGGGUCCAUCACUGUAGUUGCCCGUCCCAGCCCUCCAGUGUUUCUGUCUCUGUCUGAAGAGCAGGACCACAACGUGACUCUCAGCUGGACACCUGGAAAUACACACAACUCCCCCACCACAGAGUUUGUGGUGGAGGUGGAGGAAGAGAAGCAUUCUAAGGGGAAGUGGAAGUCACACCGUGUGAAUGGAGACGUCAAUCAGUUGGAGUUACGCCUCCUCCCUUACUCCACCUACCGCUUCCGGGUCAGCGGGAUCAACAGACUGGGGAGAAGCGACCCAUCAGAAAUCUCUGAGGCCUACAACACCCUACCCGCAGUUCCUGAAAGUUACCCCCGACAUGUGCGUAGUGAGUCUACAGAACCAGGAACACUGGUCAUCAUGUGGGAGGAGAUUGACCGUCGUUUGUACAACGGGUCGGGGUUCCAGUAUAAGGUGUCAUGGCGACAGAUUCAGGAGCAGCACUGGAGCCAUAGCCAUGUUCCCCAUCCUCCCUACCUGGUGAACCGAACCAGAGCGUUCUCUGGUUAUGAGAUGAAGGUCCAGGCUGUCAACUCUCUGGGAGAGGGGCCACAUCCUGUUCCUGUUAUAGGACACUCUGGAGAGGACUACCCGCUGGCCUCUCCAUCUAACAUCAGUGUGUCAGUAGAUAACAGCUCAGCCCGUGUGAGCUGGCAGCCAGUUGACCCAAACACAGUCCAGGGUCACCUGCUGGGUUAUAAGAUCUAUCUGAAGAGGUUGGGUUCCCAGGGAGGAAGAGAGCGUAGAGCGAUGGUGCACAGAGAGGUGAGAGAGAUUGAGGGAGGAGUGGAGCGAGGGACGGAGAGAAAGGAGGAGAGGUGGGUUGUGGAAGUGGACGGCAACAAGACAAAAGAGGUGGUGACGGGGCUCAAACUCUAUUCCCUGUACGAGCUGUCAAUGACAACCUUCAACGGAAAGGGGGAGGGGCCUCACUCACCGACACACCCCUUCAGGACACCGGAGGGAGUUCCUGGUCCUCCUGCGUCUCUGCGUUUUGAGAGUCCGUCGGAGACAGAGUUAACCCUUCACUGGAGGCCCCCCACUCAGCCAAACGGACGACUUGUGGGAUAUGUUCUACAGUACCAACAGAUUUCAGACAGCCGAAACAGUCCUCUUCAGGUAGAGGUGAUCUAUGACCCCACAGUGACCCACUUCCUGUUGGAAGGUCUGGACCCUCAUAGCCGCUACGUCUUCUACCUGAGGGGACGCACAUCUGCCGGACAGGGACCCCCAAUCACACGGGAGUUUGCCACCCUGCUGGACGGAGUACCUCCCAGUAACAUCAGUACUGUCGUUGGAGAAACAUCAGUGAAUCUGAGCUGGGUCCCUGGAGACAGAUACAGGAACCACAGCUUCCACAUCAAAUACCUCAGCAAGACUGUUGGGGGUAAGUGGGAGGAGUCAGAACAGGUUAACACAUUGCAGGCAUUCUAUUCGCUGACGGGUCUUCAGCCUGGAACACAGUACCGCCUCCUCAUCACCCAUGGCAACUACACGCACUGGGAGGACGAGAUACAGACCACCGGUCCAGAGCUACGUGGUGUGGAAGGGGAUUUUGCUACUCAAGGCUGGUUCAUCGGGCUGAUCAGUGCUGUGGUGUUGCUGUUGUUGCUGCUUCUGGUUCUCUGUUUCAUCAAGAGGAGUAAAGGGGGCAAGUACGCAGUGAAAGACAAGGAAGAGAGUCAGAUGGACUCCGAGGCUCGGCCAAUGAAAGACGAGACGUUCGGAGAGUACAGAUCUCUGGAAAGUGAUGGCGAUGAGAAGCGGUCAGUCAGUCAGCCAUCUCUGUGUGUGGAGAGUAAACUGGGGAGUGACGACUCCCUGGCCGAAUACGGAGACAGUGUCGACAUCCAGUUCAACGAGGACGGCUCUUUCAUUGGUCAAUACAGCGGCCGAGGGCCCGCCCCUACAGGAAAUGAGAGCUCUGGCCCCGCCUCCCCUGUCAAUCUAGACCCCCCUCCUCCUCCGAUAGGCCCCUCCUUCGCCGGAAUACUGGACAGGACCAGUUAAAUGGAUCAGACUGCAUGAAGACCUCUCCUUCCUGACACCACUGCCUGCCUGACAUACACAAGUCCAGUACAUUCCAUGGUGGUACAGUAUGUAGAGAAGCCGUUUACAGAUCAGCUUGCCUUCUCUACUCCAUGUUUACACACACGGUAGUACACACCUGGUCACACACAGUAAUACACACAUCUGGUAACACACAGUAAUACACACACAGUAAUACACACACGGUAGUACACACACGGUAGUACACACCUGGCACACACAGUAGUACACACACAGUAAUACACACAU